GAAAAUAAAAGGAAAAAGGGGAAAUUCUCUGAAACGUCACGAACGUGAAAUUUUCUCUCAUUGAUCUAAACCUGAACCCUAAUUUUGUAAUCCUUUGCUGAUUCUGGGAUCUCAAUUCGGGAAACAGUUUGAAGAUGACGAAGGACUUCGCAGUUCCACCUGUGGUCUUCCCCUCCGGCGGAUCUUCAGCCGGUGCUAAUGUCCAGCAACGACGAUUCCCGGCGGCGCCGUUUCAGCCGCCUCGUCCCUCCACUUCCGCAAUCCCUUUCAUGUCGUUCGACAUCGGAUCCGCAGCCGCGUCCUCCGCGACGCCGGCCGGACCUUUCGGCGGCACAAUGUCCUCGUCCUCAUCUUUUGGCGGAGGCUCAGCUUCGUUCGAAGACGAGGAGCCUUUGCUUGACGAGCUCGGAAUCCAUCCAGAUCAAAUCUGGAAGAAGACUAGAUCGAUUCUCAAUCCUUUCCGAAUCAAUCAGUCCGUUCACAAGGAUUCAGAUCUAUCUGGCCCGAUCUUUCUAUACCUAGCGCUUUGCCUGUUUCAGCUACUCGCCGGGAAGAUCCAGUUCGGUGUCAUACUCGGAUGGAUCGUCGUCUCCUCUAUCUUCCUCUACGCCGUCUUCAACAUGCUUGCGGGUCGAAACGGGAACCUUAAUCUCCAUACGUGUACGAGCUUGGUUGGAUACUGUCUUCUUCCGGUGGUGGUUUUAUCGGCGGUGUCAUUGUUCGUGCCGCAAGGGGCAGGGCCGGUUCGGUUCGUGCUUGCGGCGGUGUUCGUGUUGUGGUCCACAAGGGCUUGCUCCACAUUGGUUGUAUCUCUCGCCGACGGUGGAGAAGAACAUCGUGGCUUGAUCUCGUACGCUUGUUUCUUGAUCUAUACUCUCUUCUCUCUUCUCGUUAUAUUUUGAAUUUCCUCUUACUGUUAUGCUUUACGGAGAAUUGAUAGUUUGUGAAUCUUUCCGAUGCUAUAGAAACUUAAGAUCUUUGGUGUGAGGUUGAAUUGGGUGGGAAUAGCAGAGCAAUGUGUAAAGGCUAUUUUUUUUGGUUAACUAGUAGAAAACAUGUUUAAGAAAUUUGAUUCAAUGUUUGUA